CAGGAGGAGCAGCAGGGGGCAGCGGCAGCUCUUCACACCCACACAUGGAUCAACCAGGAGGAGACAGUGGUUCAGUCAACAGCUGAUGAUGGAUUUAAACGGUCCUGCAAUGUUAUCAUCAGACGAGUGUGUGAAAACCAAUACAUGGAUCUACUUUUUAAACCAUCUGUAAAAAGAUAUGCAUGCAGUCAGUCUGACAGUGGCUGCCAUGGGGAGGCGACCGAAAGGACAACAGAAUCCAGAUAAAUUAGAUAAGUGGAUUGACUGACAGAUUAUAGCUCUUCCUCAGUGGUGCCUCAGAAGAAAACCACAUAUAUUACGCAGAGACUGGUAGCCAUGCUGACCAGCUUUAUGGAAGGUCUUCUCUGCUGCAUGACCUCAAAGUCUGCCAACGUUGUGGUUCCCGUAGAAACCUCCGAACCUGCUGAUGGCUAUGAGUUUGUGGAGGUCAAACCAGGACGUGUCCUGAGGGUUCGACACAUCAUUCCUGACCGGCCAGUAGUGGAGGAACCCGCUGCGCAGGGCGGGAGUGUCAGCUGCAAAAGAAAGAUCACAGUAUAUCGGAAUGGACAAUUAUACAUUGAGAACUUGAGUGACACGGCGGACGCAAAGCUGAAAACCUGCCAGAAUGGAAAGAAAGAACCUAACACUACUGUAGAGGCUGAACUUGCAGACCACUCUAACUCCCCUCCAGCUGUCAGCAGCCAUGAGCCUAGGUCAGACUCUGUCACAGCUGCAAACAGCGGGGCACCUGAAACAGAAGGAGAAGGAGGGACGUCUGCCGAUGGACAGACUGACCAGAUCCAGCAACCCAGGAAGCGCAGGCGGAAGCCCAAGCGCACGGUGGUGAUCGACUGUGAGAGGAAGAUACUGGCCUGUAAAGGGACACAUCCGGACGUGGCUCUGUUCUUCAUCCAUGGAGUAGGAGGUUCGUUGGACAUCUGGGGGAGCCAGUUGGACUUCUUUUCACAGCUGGGCUACGAGGUGAUUGCUCUAGACCUGGCAGGUCACGGAGCCAGCUCAGCACCGCGGAUAGCUGCUGCGUACACGUUCUAUGCCCUGGCUGAGGACAUUAGACUACUCUUCAAGAGAUAUGCACGCAAGAGGAAUAUUCUCAUAGGACAUUCAUAUGGCGUGUCCUUCUGUACAUUUCUGGCCCACGAGUAUCCAGACCAGAUCCACAAAAUGGUGAUGAUCAACGGAGGAGGUCCCACAGCUUUGGAGCCAAGUCUGUGCUCCAUCUUCAACCUGCCCAGCUGUGCCCUUCACUGUCUUUCCCCGCUGCUGGCCUGGAUCUUUCUCAAGGCCGGCUUCGCUCAACAGGGUGCCAAGCAGAAGCAGCUGCUGAGAGAGAACAAUGCCUUUAAUGUGUCGUCCUUUGUGCUGCGCGCCAUGAUGAGCGGACAGUACUGGCCCGAGGGGGACGAGGUGUACCACGCUGAAAUCACAGUGCCCAUCCUGCUGGUUCAUGGCAUCCACGACAAGUUUGUGCCCAUUGAAGAAGAUCAGCGCAUGGCAGAGAUCCUGCCAAUGGCCUUCUUGAAACUGCUGGAGGACGGCAGUCACAUGGUCAUGAUGGAGUGUCCCGAGGCUGUCAACACACUCCUGCUUGAGUUUUUGCUCUGGGAGCCCGCCGCCGCUCCGCUGCCAACAAAAGAGUCCAAAAAACGUCCAGAGACUGCCAAAGCCCUUUCCAACAACGCUAAAGCGUCGCCUGAGCCGGCCAAGGCCCGGCCCGUGACUGCCAGGCAAACCUCAAACUGCGGCGCAGAGGAGACGCCAGGCAGCAAGGCCAUAAAAUGACUGAAGAUUAAAGCCCACUCAGAUUCUAGCUGAAACCUCCCGUGAUUGUUGCACUAAAUCACGGCUGGCUUUGCACUCUGUAAGUCCCGGGAAAACCGAGAUGCUUGGAGCUGCUGGAGCUGGUGACGAGCCAAAAGAGCAGACUUACCUGAAACGGUCCAGCUAGAGUUAGACUUAAUAGAGGUGGAACACAAGAGAGGCUUCAAAUGUGAUGAAGGACAGAGGAUAAGGAGCUUCAAUCUUGGUGGUCAGCACACUUGACCUUGUCCCACACUGAGCAGGGACGAUUUGGUUGUGCCUUGAAGGUGAAUGCGGUGAUGAUGAGGAUGAUGAUGAUGCCAGAGGUUAAGAGAACAAGAGGUGCAAAUAGGAACAUGCACGAGUAAAAGCACAGAACAGUCGUGGAGCAGAAGGAGUGGUCAAAGCUGACCUGUGUGGACAAUUCCCAAAGUAUCACAGACGACACAC